CAUGUCGCAGUAGUCAAGUUGAUUUUUUAUUUCAUUUUACUAACAACAACAACAACAGGAGGAUUAUAUUCUCUCUAGUUUUUCUGUUACUGACCAAUCUGACGACAAAUCACUAAUCUGAUCACUUUUCAGUGGUAUGAUCAAUUAAAUUGUGUAAUAUAUCAAUCAAUCAAUUAAUCCAUAUUAAUCGGUUGAACCUUCGGAUUUUAAGAUCAGUAAAAAACGUCAUCAUUUACAAAAUUGAUAUCGAAUCACGCUCACAUAUACAAAGACUUCCACCACAUUCAUAUUUAGUCAAUUGUUUUUCAACAAAACAUCAUCAUCUGACAUUCGAUCAUCAUCAUCAUCAGACCACAAUCAUAAUUACAAGUAAAAAAGAGCACAUAUUCAUCACACUUGCCAGUUGAUCAUGUCAACAUUGAAUAGAAUGAAAUUCAUGUCGAUUUUCAUUCUAAUUUUCCUAUUGAAUCAGUUUUCCACAAUCAUUUGCGGAUGUGUUCUACGCGGCCAAUGUGAUGAGAUUAGAAAUUCAUUCGGAUUACUUCUUCCCGUUCCUUGUAAAUAUGACGGUCCGCCAAAACCAUUAAACACAUCUGCCGAUACAUAUCAAACAAUACAAACUAUUUUACCAGAAUUGAGUCAUGAUAAUUUAUAUUGUUGCGAAGAUGGGCAAAUUACUAGAUUGGUGACGCAAUUACAAACUGCACGUACAUUGCUAUUACGAUGUCCAUCUUGUUAUUAUAAUUUCGCCCGUGUAUUCGCAUUGAUGACAUGUUCACCAAGCCAAAGUGAUUUUAUUCGACUAAUCGAUUACAAUAGAACCAACAAUGCAGUGAAAGCGAUCACAUAUGAUAUAUGGAAACCAUUAUCGGAAUCAAUAUAUCAUUCGUGUGAAGGCGUACAAAUGCCAUCCGGUGGUGCAAAAGUUGUACCACAAUUGAUGUGUAAUCUACAAUCACCAAAUGAAACGUGUACACCAGAAAAAUUUUUCCGCUUUACCGGCAAAAAAGGUGUGUCACCAUUUUCGAUAAAUUUUCAAUUCAAAGAACAACUACCGAGUGGAUCACUUGCCAAACAUUAUCGUUGUGAUGAAGCACCCCCUCAAUUUAAUAGCCAACCAUGUUCUUGUGCUGAUUGUGAUGCAUCAUGUCCGAAACCGAAACCAAUCCCGGGCGAAAAGCAAGAAUGGCUUCUAUUCGGUGUGAACGGUAUAGCUGUUGUCAUGUCCAUCAUUUAUGGUGUUUUGCUUGUCGCUUCGACCGUCUUGUUUAUCGUUUAUUACAAACAUUUCAGCACCAAAAAAAAUGACGUUGAGACCAGAGAAGCCACCAAAGAGAAAACCGAAACUCGUCAAGUAAUGCUUAGAUCGAUGAAUCAAUCAUAUUUCCAUGAAAAAUUAUGCACCAUCUUUGGAAAUUAUGGCCGACUUUGUACACGAAAACCAUACAAUUUCAUAUUGCCAAUCAUAGGUUUGAUCAUCGGAAUUAUUCUAGCCACCGGCCUGACACAAUUCGUGGCACUAACCAAACCAAUUGAACUUUGGUCCACUCAAACAAGUCGUGCAAGGGUGGAGAAAAAAUUUUUCGAUGAAAAUUUUAAUCCAUUUUUUCGUGUAGAAAACAUUGUGCUCACCCCGAAAUUCAUGGAAACAUUCCGAAAAGAUGACAUUGAAUUCGGACCAAUUUUCAAUCAAACAUUUCUGCUACGAUUUUUCGAUCUACAACAACAGAUCAUGAGUCUAACAAUCGAAGAUGACAAUGGAACCAUAUUACGAGUGGAAGAUAUCUGCUAUUCGCCAAUGGAGAAUACAGUCUGUAUGGUACAAUCGGCAUUAGGAUGGUUUCAAAACAAACGUUCAGCAUUGGAAAAUGACAAUUAUCUUGAAACAUUUCGUACCUGUAUAUCGAAUCCAUUUCAUUUGAGUGACACUGGUAUUUCCUGUCUGGCUCCAUAUGGUGGACCAAUAUUCCCGCAUAUUGCAUUAGCCGAUUAUCAUGGUAAUGGCUAUUAUCAGGCCAAAGCUUUAGCAUUCACAUUAACACUCAACAAUGCAAUCCAGGAUGAGGAUAACGUCAAUGCAUUGAAAUGGGAAAAGAAAUUCCUUGAUUUAUUGUUCGAAUUUGAUGAUCCAAUCAUUGAUAUUGCUUUCUAUUCAGAGCGAUCAAUCGAAGACGAAAUAGAACGACUAGGAAAUUCGAAUAAAUUUACCAUUGCCAUUAGCUACAUUGUCAUGUUUUUCUAUAUAACCAUAUCGUUGGGCGAUUUUACCAACAUUCAUCGAUUAUUGAUUGAUUCGAAAAUUGUUCUUGGACUGGUUGGUGUAUUGAUCGUAUUGUUAUCGGUUCUCUCAUCAAUUGGUCUACUCUGCUAUUCGGGUGUUCAUUCUACAUUGAUCAUAAUGGAAGUAAUCCCAUUCCUAGUAUUAGCUGUUGGUGUGGAUAAUAUUUUCCUAUUGGUUCGUCAUUCCGACCGAAGCUCGAUUGAACAAGAAAGCAGUAAUUUAUCCUAUCAAGAACGAUUGGAACAACGAAUGCAAAGUUUGAUGUAUAAUGUUGCUCCAUCCAUUCUAUUGGCUGCCGUUGCGGAAUCUACAUGUUUUUUUCUUGGCGCCCUUAUACCGAUGCCUGCGGUGCGAAUAUUUGCUAUAAAUGCUGGAAUAGCAUUGCUCAUUGCAUUCAUCUUUCAAAUGUUGAUUUUUGUUCCAAUAUUGGUUUGGGAUAUCCGUCGUCAUGAUGAUAAUCGUUGGGAGAUUUUAUAUUUCAAACAAGGAAAAAAAUCACGCCAAAGAUCUAGUAAUGAAUCACAAUCAAAUCAAUCAGGCGAUGAAAGUAAUCAUAAAAACGAUGGUUUACUUUAUUCAUUUUUCAGCAACAUUUUCGCUCCAUUUCUAAUGAAAAGUCAGAAUCGUUUGACCGUAAUGCUCUUAUUUUUGGCCUGGUUAUCGGUUUCCAUAUCCGUCAUACAUAAAAUCGACAUUGGUCUCGAACAACUUUAUUCAAUGCCAUCCGAUUCUUAUGUAUUGAAAUUUUUCGAUGCUCAAAUCCACAAACUUAAAGUCGGUCCACCAGUAUAUUUUGUGGUCAAAAGUGAUGCCGGUUUCAAUUAUUCGGCCAAUCAGAAUCUAAUUUGUUCACAAAGUGGUUGUUCCAGUUAUUCCAUCGUUAAUAUGUUGGCACAGGCUGCAAAUCAAUCUGAAAUUAGCUAUUUAGUACCGGCUGCUGCCAAUAGUUGGAUCGAUGAUUACCUGUUAUGGGCAUCAUCCGGACAAUGUUGUCGAACAUAUCCAAACGGAACGUUUUGUCCAUCCACAGAUAAAUCAAACGAUUGUCAAGCAUGCGAUAUUGUUUGCAGUGAAGAUCCAAUAGAAUAUGAUUCAGAUGAUUGGUGCUAUAAUUACACUAAUCAUCAACGUAUAAGGCCGGAUAAAUUUUAUCAUCCGUAUUUGGAAUUUUUUGUCAGUGAUAUACCGAAUGCAAUUUGUGCUAAAGGUGGACGGCCAAGUUAUUUACAUGCAAUGAGCCUUACCGAAGGCGAUGCAAUUCAUUCAUCAUAUUUUAUGACCUAUCAUAUUCCAUUACAACAUUCCAAAGAUUUUACUCGUGCACUACAGAAUGCACGUGUUAUAUCGGAAAGUAUUACCGAAGCACUUCGGGAAUUGAUUAUGCAAACAAAUGGUGAUGAAUCGGAUGUUGAAGUAUUUCCUUAUAGUUUUUUCUACGUUUUCUACGAACAAUAUCUAACCAUUUGGUCGGAAUCAUUGAAAAAUAUCAUUUUCGCUUUGUUGGCCAUAUUUAUUGUCACAUUCGUAUUUUUAUCAUUCGAUUUUAUUACAUCGUUUACCAUUGUUGUGACAAUCCUGUGUAUCAUAGUGAACAUGCUGGGUUUAAUGUAUUUCUGGGCAAUUUCAUUGAAUGCUGUAGCAUUAGUCAAUCUUGUCAUGAGUAUUGGAAUAUCCGUAGAAUUCUGUGCACAUAUUGCCCGUGCUACAUCAUUAUCGAACGAAUCGACAAGCGUAUUACGCGCACAAUAUGGACUUGCCGAAAUGGGUAGCUCAGUCAUGUCUGGUAUUACGAUGACAAAAUUUUUCGGCAUCCUUAUCCUUGCCUUUUCACCAUCGGAUAUAUUUCAAAUUUUCUAUUUUCGUAUGUAUUUGGGUAUCGUCAUCAUUGGUGCAUUGCAUGGAUUAGUGCUGCUACCGGUUUUGCUUAGUUUCUGGGGUAAUUGUGGUCGAUCAAUGAAUUGUUUAAAGUAACGCCAAAUUGCAUAUAUUAUUACUGUACAUUUAAGUCGUGAUCACAUUGCCUUUGAUGUUUUUGAAUAAAAGUUGAAUAAUAAAAAUCAAAAAU